GGGCUUCGCUGUGACCCCGGCGCUGGGAUGGCAGCGGGACAGUCGGACCGCGGCGGGACGGCGGGACAGUUCCCAGCCGAGGUGGUGGCUGGAGCGCUCCGGGGGGAUCCAGCCAGGGCGUUUGCCAGUCGCUUUGUUGCUGCUGAGGGAUUUUUUUUUUUUAGGAUUAUUAUUAUUUUGAAGGGGAGGGUGAGGAGGGGGGGCUGACACUGGCUAUAAAGGCAGAGCUCUCCGGAGCAGCCGGCACUUUCCCCGCCACCAUGAGAGCUCCCCGGGCCUGACAGCCCCAGCCUGCCCCAGUGUCACCGGCUCAUGCUGCCCUGAAUCGUGGCUGCGCGCCCGGAGCCCGGGGUGGGAUGGUGUGAGCCCGGAGCCGCUCCUCGCCCUCCCACCGCCCCUCACCGGCUCUGGCAGGAGCCGAGCCCGCCAGCCGCUUGGAUGAUUUGAUUCCUUCCCUGCCCGAAAUCACUCCUGCCCAGAUGCAGUGGAUAAUAUUCAUGUUGCUGUUAUUCAUCAGCUCCAUGGAAAUGCUCACGCAGAACCGAUGGAAGAAGCAAGCGAAUGCCGGCCUGCUGGAAAACUGCACAGGCUGCAUCCUGUGCUCUGAGGACAACGGCUGCAUCACCUGCCACCACCGGCUCUUCCUGCUCAUCUGGAGGGAUGGCAUCCGCCAGUACGGGAUGUGUGUCCACACUUGCCCGCCUGGCUACUUCGGUGUGCGGGGUCUGGAGGUCAACAGAUGCACAAAGUGCAGGUCGCCCAGCUGCGAGAGCUGCUUCAGCAGAGACUUCUGCAUGAAGUGCAAGGACAAGUUUUACUUGUACAAGGGCCAGUGUUUUCGGCAGUGCCCCCCCAGCACUGCAGCGCAGCCUGGCACCCGCGAGUGCCAAGAGAUGUGCGAGCCGGGGCCGUGGAGCGAGUGGAGCGCCUGCACCCACGAGAGCCGGACCUGCGGCUGCAAGUGGGGGGUGGAGACGCGGGUGCGGGAGGUGCCGGAGGCUGCCCGGGAGGAGGGGGCUGCCUGCCCCCCACUGCAGGAGAGCAGGAGGUGCCGCAUGAAGAAGCACUGCCCGGGAGACAAAACUGAACCCAGAAAUAAAAGCAAAAAGCGACAGAAGAAGCCGAAGACAGAACGGCACGUGGGUACCUAGCAGGCACCAGCACAGGAGCUGGAGCACCAUGGUGGGAGCUCCCAACCAGCUCCUGCCACGGUGCCCUGGCCACAUCACCCCCAUUUUUCCAUCCACCAAAAAAAAAAAAAAAAAAAUUGCACAAUUUUCUCUGCCCCCCCCUCCCCCUUCCCCCUUUUUCUUUUGAGAAAAUUUAUGGCCUGUAAAACACUUCCUUUUCAGAGAAUCUAGUUUGUAGUGUCCAAAGCAAAGCCCUGGGGCUUGGGGAGGGGGUGGCUCCUUUAUUCCUCUGGUUUUCCUUCUCCCCUAGCCUGCUCCUUC